CCUGCAUUUCAGACAUCAUAUUGAGAGCUGUGGGAGAACGUACAGACAGAACAAUGAUGUCUUCUGCUCUCCAAGUGUUGGACCUGGUGGACGCCCGUGUCAUCUUGGUGCUGCCGUUACUCCUGCUCUUCACCUACAUGUACUCCAGACGUCCCAGGAACCUCCCACCCGGACCGUGGGGCUGGCCUGUCAUUGGAAGCCUACCAAGUCUCGCCUGGAGCAAGAAUCUCCACCUGGACUUCAUGGACUGGCAGAGGAAAUAUGGGCCCGUCACCUAUUUUCGCAUGGGAAUGCUGGAUGCUGUGGUGCUCGGCGGUUAUGACACCAUCCGACAAGCCCUGGUGAAGCAGUCCGAGGUGUUCUCUGGCAGACCCACUCACCUAGCGGUCGUCAAUAAGAUUUCCAACAACAAAGGUAUCGUUUUGCUGCCUUCUGGGCCGCUCUGGAAGGAGCAGCGAAAGUUUGCCCUGACCACUCUUAGGAGUUUCGGCUUCGGGAAGCGAAGUUUGGAAGUGCAGAUAUCAGAGGAGUCUGCUGAAUUGUGCGAGCAGAUCCGUAACCUGGGCGGCGAACCGUUCAACAUCACCAGGCUGCUGCAGAAGGCAGCCACCAACAUCAUCAGCUCACUGGUCUUCGCGCGUCGCUUCGAGUAUGACGAUCCGCGCUUCCUACAGCUCAUGCGGGACUUUGACGCCAUUGUUGAAACCAACUUCCUAGCCAUGCCUGAGAACAUCCUCCCUUUCCUGGGCUGUGUCCUGGACAGUGGGAAAAAGGUGAUUGAGAUAUUUCAGGGCCCUGAAAACUUUGUCCGAGCUGAGAUCAAUGAGCAUCAGCUGACAUUUGAUCCGAACGACGUCCGCGACUUCAUCGACUCGUACCUGUUGGAGAUGCAGGCCCAAGACCAGAGUGACACUACCUUCACCGAAGAUCAGUUACUUCACACAGUGCUUGACUUAUUUGUAGGGGGCACCGAAACUACGACUACCACCCUGCGAUGGGCAAGCUUGUUGAUGAUUGUACACCCGGAUAUUCAGCGAAAGGUCCAUGAGGAGAUUGACGGUGUGCUGGGACAGGGCCAGACCCCGUCCAUGUCCCACCGUGACCAGCUGCCCUACACACAGGCCGUCCUGACGGAGGUCUCCAGGUUUGCAACUAUCGCUCCCCUGAGCGUGGCUCACACCACAUCCGAGGACACCGUUCUGAACGGGUACCACAUUCCGAAGCAGACUAUCGUCAUCCCCAGUAUCUGGUCAGUCCAUCACGACGAGAAGCUGUUUCCCCAACACGACAAGUUCGACCCCACCCGUUUCUUGGAUGAGAAGGGGCAGUACAAGAAGGAUGAGCAUGUCAUACCGUUUUCUGCAGGACCGCGUGUCUGUUUAGGUGAACAGUUGGCAAGGAUGGAACUCUUCCUGUUCUUCACGGCACUCAUGCAGCACUUUACUUUCAAGACACCAGAAGGCGCUCCUGCACCAUCUAUGAAAGGACGUAUGGCAACCACACACUUCCCCGAGCCUUUUGACAUGAUUGCUUUGGUCCGUGAAUAAAGCAAUGUUUUCCCCAAAUGAUGUUCUGUCUUAAAAGUGUUUGUCGGCCUGUAAAUGAGAUAACUAGUAUUAUGAAUGACUUAAUGAACGUGAACCCAAAACAUUUUAGGCUCCUUAUCUGUUGUGGGGUCCUUUUGUCCGCAUUUAUGACUGUUGUGAAGGAGAUUUUUGCUAUUCGUAACAACUGCUAUCAAAGUUCCUAGCUCUUUGGGAGGAUGAGUAUUGAGCGUAAACUAAAUUGUUUGCAAACAGUUACGCUGAAACAUGUCUCAUGAAUGAUGGUGUAAUUUCAUACUUAUAUGUGUAACCUGACGUUAAAAUUACCUUGCACAUAUUGUGUAAAUGUAGAAGUAAUUUGCAUAAUUUGCAUAACUGUAUGGCUCUGCCAAAUGACUUUCACACAUACAAAAUGUGUUAUGUGGGUAGAGAAUAGCAUCAAUCAAAAUUAUUUGCACAAUCAAUGAGACAAGAAAUUUACAAAAAGCUCUAUCUCACAGGGAUGUGAAGUUGCUGAACUCUUGUUUGGGGCUUGUGCCAUGUUGUCAAAGCUGUUGACAUUUGAAAGGUUACUGUAAACUGAAUGGAUCUCUUAUUAUCACAAUGACCAACAGUGCCUGUUAAACUUGUAAGCUGACACCUUUUCCAGGGACAUUACCUUUAUUGCAGUUUGCAUACAGGCAACAGAGCAUUUGCAUUGAUACCUAUGUAUAGCUAAUAUGCUAAGCCAGUGAUGUUAUCGUUCCAGUACAUCAAUACCUUCCAAUGUCACCUUCCAGUACAUGUGUACAUCAAUACCAUCUCAACUAUUAAUCAAGUCUUUUUGGAAAACAGUUGGUCCCCUCAUGAUACAUCUGUAAUACCAUUGACCAAUUUUACCUUUUUUCUCUUAUAUAUCUAAUGUUCUACAUGCAGGCUUGGCAGGCACAGUAAAACGUUACACCUGUUGGAAAGUUAUUCCCAUUGCUGGCAAAUAUCAGUCUUAACAUUUUAAUUUCUAACCAUGCAAAGUUUAACUUUACCUUAAUCACAGUACACACCUGUCAAAAUAAGAGUCUUAUUUGUAUAGGUAUGAAAAAGGACAUUUAGAUACAACUUGGAGAAAUCAUUUGGGUAUGCAUGUAGAACUAAAUAUCAUGAUUCUAAACCAACAUUUCUUAUGAAAGGUAUAAAUUUUUGGUAUAUGAUUUUUUUAUAUGCUUUAGUGUCAGAGUGCUCCAGCUUGACUAGCACACUCACCUCACAAUGGAUUAGUACCCACCUACAUUCAGGCCUAAUCUUACAGGUGUAUACAUGUAGGUUCAAGACAUGUUUCCUUAUCCUUUUGUGUAGCAACAUUUUAACACUUGCAAUUUCCCUGUGUACUCCAAUGAACCAAAUAAAAUAGUAUUAAGUGGUACAUACUGUUAGAGGCUUGUCAGAUAUUCAAGUAUUUAAGCUUUCCUUCAAGUCAUAUUUCAUCUUUCAAUGUUGUGCAAGUGAAUCACAAUUUGUUACUUUUCCCAAAGUCAUUACCUGUUUGUCUCUUACUCAGAGAAGUAAAUGUAGUAAAGUUCAGAAACAGUGGCACGGUUCAAACCUUGCAUACAUUCAUCGUAUAAAAUGGCAAUAAAUUACAGUAACCAAUAUCCUGCUGAAAGUGUAACUUACAUCUGAGAAGGAACAUAAUGUUCAGAGAACUUAUAUUCUAGAGGAAACUCAUCAUAGACAGACUAGUGUUUGCAAUUAUGUUACCUACAACUGGCAGCAAAAUAUGUGAACAUGAAGAUUUUGUUCAGUAUGACAUACAUGAGAUAGCAAUGCUUCAAAUUAUGAGAUUCAAAAUUCAUCAAAUGUGUACAAUUGUGGUCCAUUCAAGUUUCUGUCCAAAUAGGGUCAAUUUAGACAAAGAUAACAAUGAUGCAAUAACCACUGCUGUGCAGUAAUUGGAGCAAACAACAGUUCAGUCACUCACUAUCCAUUGUUUGAUAAAUGAGAUAGCCCCUACACAUUCCGUAGUAGUUGAUCUCCAUUGAUGAAACCCACCAAAUUUCCCUCACAUGUUGUAAGACACCAAGAGAUAAUUAAAUAGUGCAUUUUCUUCAACACAGUUUGGUGCAUAUAAAGAAGAGGAAGACAGCAUUGUAUAAUUCAUUAAUUCUCACUAGCCUAGACUACAGGGUUG